AUGGACAACGACUCUGUCGAUGACCCCCGCUUCCGCUACUUGCGCGCUUGCGAUAGAUGCCGCCGUCGAAAGAUAAAGUGCGACAGCGCACACCCCUGCACUCGAUGUGUCCGCGCAAGGUCUCCAUGCACGUUUGACCAACAGCCUCAUCCAAGGCUGGCCAACACAGUCGUCACGAGCGCGAACCCUAGCGGUCCUGACCCCUCCACCUCGUCAGCAACCUCAUCAGCAGCAGCACGCGACUCGACGUCCUCUACCGUCUCUGUUGCCCCAAGCAGCAACAAGCGCAGGCGACUGCCUUCUCCUUCGGCUCCACAGGACGACUCAGAAGCCAGUUCUGCUGCUCCAGAGCGCCCGCCAAAGACAAUUGAUGGGGAGAACGGGGAACCGUCUGGAGACACAGCUGCAGCAGCUGAGCUGUACCGUACUACCGACUCAAGCCAAAUCGAGGCAGCGUCUGCUCCUUCUGUCGGAUCAACUUCAGCAGAUGCGGCUGGUGAUUCACCUUUGAACACCAGCCAUUUCUACUUGAUGCGCGAUGGAAGCGCGCGUUGGGUAGGCUCCACCUCCGGUCUGCCUCUGCUUGACGCGGCUCGUCAACAACUCAGAGUUGUCGAGGACCGAGUUGCAGGUCCAGAAGGUGACAAUGACGACGUGGAUCCUGACUGGUCUUGGCUAUCCUCUCUGCUCAAAAUCUCUGGAGGAACCGACUCGUUCUCCGCUCCACCGCGCAGUGUUGGAGACCACGGCGACGAGACGGAAUACUUCCCCGGGGUCGACAGCAUGUCAGACGUCCCACAUCGUGACCUGUUCGCGCUUGUGUCUCAAACCAUACCUGUCGAUCUCCAGAGGGAGCUAUUCAGGCUUUAUUUCGCUAUCAUUCACCCGGUCUGGCCCAUCCUCCAUCCCACUUCCUUCUAUGCGAGCGUAGCAGAGUGGGAUGAUGCGAAUCCCGCUUUUGCAGCCCUUGCAGUUGCCGUCUGCAUGUUAGCAUCCCGCUACAGCUCUGACCUACGGGUGCGUGCUGAUCCGAAUAACCCUGCGUCGGCUGGCAUGCAGUACUACCCUCUUUUUGGGCAGCUCCGUGACAUGGCGACCUCGCACGUCGACUGCGCGCUGUCCUCUGUGCAGGCUACGCUUCUCGCCUCCCAGUUCCACUGUGUGGACAAUGUUCCACACAGUACGGCCCAAUCCCUUUUCGGUGAGGCAUAUGCCCGCUGCAUGGACGGUGGGCUCCACCGUGAGAUGCCCAACCUCUCAUGGCGUGACGCCAACCACAAGGAGAGCCGUCGGCGCACCGCCUGGGCUUGUUACGUCUUUGACAAGCAGCUUGCGACAGUGCUGGGUCGCCCACCGAUAGCCCAGCUUUGGGACAUUGAAAUUGCGAUGCCUGCGCCGUUCUCCGCUACAGCCACAACCCCAGCCGCUGUUAACGGCGACGGAGACAGCGAACACGUUGCUGUAUUCUCCCAAGCCAUUCUGCUUUCCGGAGUGCUGGAAAAAGCUCUCGCUGCGACCUCUCGCCGACCUAUACACGAUCCAGCGCGUCCCCACUCGGAUUUUCUCAGUCGACUGUCGUGGAGCCAGCACAAGCCCUCCGAGUUGGAUAUCAACAAUACCCAGGCUAGACUCCGUUAUGCUGCUCACGGCGUCCUGCUCGAAAACCUUUCGGCGAUGGAGCUCACCAUCCAGCUCAUUCUGGCGGGGCGCCGACUGCAGCUUGCGACCCCUUCUGGCCCUCCCACCACUGCUCUAACGCCUGGUACACGUGCAGUGAAUGUCAGUGCCGCACGACAAGAGGUUCUCGACACAUCUCGCCAGAUGGUUGCCCUUGCCGUGCAGCUUGGCUCUGCGGGUCUGCUGGCUCAGUCUGAUAUCAUGCUACCUUACCGUGUCCUACUGGCUGGACGGAUGAUUCUUGCAGUCUCCCUCUCUGCACGAUCAGACGGUGAUUUACAGCAGCAGGACGACGCAACAUCCGCCGUGCAGGCUGCUACUGUCAUACUCCAUCACUUGGCGAACGUUCUGCCAAUUUCUCUUGGUUGUGCUGAGACAUUUGACGAGACAUGUCGUGUCUGUGGAGUGCUUUCCCCUCCUCUUGCUCGAAGUGGAAGGCUAUCCAGCCGGCCAAAGUUUGCCUGGUAUCGUCCUGUCACGCUGCGCACCGCCAAACGUGACUCACGCACUUCGAGCGACGCGGCGUCAGUGUCCAGCACCGAAACGGCCAACAUGGCAGCUUCGAUCGAUAACCCCCAUUCGCACCGGUACCACGUAGUCCCCCCGGGGUGGGCACCAACUUCGCUUGACAUGGCCCUCUAUGAAACACCAAUGGUCGGGCAGAACAACACCGACGUCGCCUUGGGUGCGGAUCUCGACCUGGUCGACUUUGAGUGGCUAUUCCCCGGAGGACUGAACCCGCCGCCAGCGCAGCCGUCGGGCCAAUCAUAA